AUGUUCAUGACUGAACGAGCUUCGAAAUUUAGUGAUGUCUUACACUUCACGGAAUUGUCUCCGCAUGACGACAGAAGACCGGACUUCCAGGCUGCCUCAGACGAGAGUAUAUUAACCGAGAAAGACGAUGAAAUCCCGUCCUAUGAUAUCCUAAACCCGUCUCAAAACUACGACCUUCUAUGUGACUUCGAGCUGACGGGGAGCUAUAGAAAGGAAAAUUACUGCCUGUAUAAAAGAGUAAGCGGUAUCUGUAAGAGUAUUCUAAUCUCUCUUAUCUCACUAAAUCUUAUUCUUCAUUUCAGUACAAGGCUCUGGAAGCGGAAUGAACGUCGCCAGGCAAAGAAGAAGAGAACAGAAUAA